AUGGCACGCAGGUACGACGCACGAACGACUAUUUUUUCUCCCGAAGGUCGGCUUUAUCAAGUCGAAUAUGCCAUGGAAGCAAUAUCCCAUGCUGGUACCGCUUUGGGUAUUUUGGCGUCCGAUGGCAUUGUGAUAGCUGCCGAAAAGAAAGUGACUUCUAAAUUACUUGAGCAAACUACCACAAGUGAAAAAAUUUAUUUAUUAAACGAUAACGUUAUUUGUGGUGUGGCAGGGAUCACAGCCGAUGCCAAUUUCCUUAUAAACUACUCUCGCCGAGCCGCUCAAGAAUAUUUAUAUACUUAUGGGGAAGAUAUCCCCGUUGAACAGUUGGUACAAAGGUUGUGUGAUUUAAAACAAGGAUAUACACAAUACGGAGGUCUUCGUCCUUUUGGAGUUUCAUUUAUAUAUGCCGGACAUGAUAGUCAUUAUGGUUUUCAACUUUAUCAUUCCGAUCCAUCCGGAAAUUACGGUGGAUGGAAAGCAACGUGCAUUGGUGCAAACAACGCGUCAGCCCAAUCAUUGCUGAAACAAGAUUACAAAGAUGAAAUAACUCUUAAAGAAGCAAGAGAAUUGGCGGCGAAAGUUCUGAGUAAGACUAUGGAUUCUACCACGUUGAGUAGUGAAAAAU